UCUGUCGGUUGUUCUAUUGACAUUAAUAUGAUGCUUUUGAAGCACCCGAAAACCAGACAAUUAAUAGAAAUCAAUGAGUUUUGGCUCCGUGAUCAUUGUCGAUGUGGGGAGUGCCUAAAUUUGGAAACAAAUCAGAGGCGAUACGAUGUCUUAGAUAUACCAGCUAAUGUGAUGCCGCUGAAUGUCAAGUACGAGGGGAUGAAUCUACAAGUGCAUUGGAGCGAUGCUCACCAGUCGAGCUAUGACCUGGACUUCAUCUUUGACUCCCAGCUGGAGAGGUUGAUAGGUCGGCGAUCAAAGUCCACCAAUCUGACACCCUGGAAUCGCAGCAUUAUCUUGCAAAACGAGCGGCACUUACGAUUCCCAUUGCCCCAGCUGGUUUCCAGUGAUAAUGAAGUCAGGUCGCUGGUUGAAUCUCUUGUCCGGUACGGCAUUGUCUUUAUCGAUGAUGUGGCUCCCACUGCUAAUAUGACAGAGUUGGCUCUGCGGCGAGUUUUUCCCCUUAUGAAAACGUUCUUUGGCGAGAUGUGGACUUUCAGCGAUAACCCCGAUCACGCAGAUACCGCUUACACCAAGCUUCAUCUGGGUUCCCACACAGAUAAUACCUACUUCAGCGAUGCAGCCGGAUUACAGGCUCUACAUUGCAUCGAGCACUCGGGAUCAGGUGGCGAAAACUUCUUUGCGGAUGGUCUGCAUGUGGUCCACGAACUGAAACGCCGGUAUCCCGCCGCUUAUGAUGUACUGUGCAGGGUACCAGUUCCUGGAGAGUAUCUCGAGAAAGGGGAGAACCACCGCCACACUGCCCCCAUUAUACAGGUGGAUCCACUGACUCAGGAAUUUGUUCAACUCAGGCUGAAUGUAUACGAUCGCGCUGUGUUUAAUACCAUCCCCCAAUCCGAGAUGGCCGAGUUCUACGAGAGUCUUCGCCAGCUUUUGCUGAUUGUUCGGGAUAAGGAACAGCAGUGGGCUCUGAAGCUAUUUCCCGGCAGCAUUGUGCUCUUCGACAACUGGAGAGUGCUCCAUGGUCGAGAGGCUUAUACAGGAAGUCGCACCAUGUCCGGUUCUUAUGUGCAGCGCACGGAUUUUCUCAGCAAGGCUCGAGUGUUGGGAAUUAUUGACUGAAGUUUCGUUUAAUUAAAAGUUAUUACCAGAAGAAAGACAACCGCGAAUAUUUGGGCAUCACUAUUUUUGUUAAAACAAGAUAGAAAGCUAGCUAGUAAGCUAGCAAAUAACUG